AUGCGAUGGGUAGCUGUUGAUGAUCAGAGUUUCAAUGUCUUGGAAUGCCCAGAGUUUUGGGCACUUCUUCUGUACCUUGGUGAUGGGAAAAUGGAUGACACUGAUCUUCCUCACCAGACAAAAAUAAUGCAGAUGGUCUUGGAUGAAUACUGCAAGGAAUAUAACAAGACCAAAGGUGAUCUAAAGAACGCUCUUGGACACAUCUCAAUGACUACAGACCUGUGGAGUGACCCAAAUUGUGAUAGUUACAUGGCAGUUACUGCCCACUUUAUGAUGUGGGGUGAGAAGAAUAGACUGGAGUACAUGACUUGA